AUGUUCCUGAAGACGCCUCUGCUUCUGGUACUCAUUGCGCUGGGAACUCAUGUCUGGACCAACCAAAAAGAAUUUGUAGACAUUAGUAAGAACCAUGAUUAUUUAGUGACAUCUGUGGAGUUUGCUCUGGCUCAGUUCAGUGAAGACAACAUGGAAGAACACUCAUACAAGUUGUUGGAGGUUGGGCAGGCCCAGAAAAAGGAGAGUUGGAAUCAUUCUGUCCAUGCCCAGAUUAUGAGGUGGACAAUGAUAUUUUUAAUGGAGUUGAUGUUGCACUGCACAAUUUGUAAAGGGGAGAGUGAAGACCUAAACAGCUGCUCCUUACAAGAAGGCCCAGGAAAGAAAAAGGUGGACUGCACCUUUAUUGUGGAUGCCAGACCAUGGCUUUCCCAGUUCUUCCUCCUGAACAGUACCUGCGUGCAGAAAUAG